AUGCCACCAAAGGCUGUCCUGGGCAGCCUCCGAACGGAGCGUGGCCUCGAAGAGUUAAAUGCGCUGCUGGCAGAUCGGUCCUAUGUGGGUGGUACGUUCCAUGCUACUGCAGAGGAUAUGACUUGCUUUGCAGCAGUGCAUGCUCGACCCAAUAGACAACAGUUUCCGCACUUGCACAGAUGGUACAACCACAUCGCCGGCUUGAAGUCCACUUAUGCGCCCUAUCAUGUGUGGCCGGGACAGACACAGGUCAAUGGCGAUGGUGCCCAAGAAGCAAAGAAGGGUCCGCGGGCACCGGGAAAGGAUAAGCAGGCGUUGCCCUUUGACUGCAAGGUGGAAAUGGUCUCGGACAGGAGACAAGUUGAGGGUGACGACUCUAUCAAAAAAGGAGCAGGUGGGAACUGCUUCCCUAGUGCCAGCAGCUCCAGCAAGUACUACAUUACGACUGCUAUCAACUACUGCAAUGGCUGGCCUCACAUAGGCCAUGCGUACGAGGCACUCACCUCCGAUGUUUUUGCAAGGUAUCAUCGCAUGCUCGGGCAGGAUGUUUUCUUCAUGACCGGUGCAGAUGAACAUGGGCAAAAGAUUGCUCAAGUCGCUGAGAAUGAGGGCCUGCAGCCAAUCCAGAUUUGUGACCGCUACUGUCUUGGCUUUCGAGCGCUCAACCAACGUUUGAACGUGUCGAACGAUUUCUAUGUUCGCACUACAGAAGAGCGACACAAGGUGGUCGCGCGAGCUAUGUGGGACAAAUGCAAGGGGAAUGGCGAUAUCUAUUUGGAUCGCUAUGAGGGCUGGUGCGCUCGGUUGUAA